AUGCACAGCCUUAAAGGAUAACUAAGAUCUUUGGAUAUAUUUGGUCACGAGGUUAAGCUGCUUUAUAAGGGCAAAAGCGCUAAGUAAACCUUAUUAGGUUCAUUCAUGACUAUAAUCUCAGUCGGGUUGAUAGGAUUUUACUUGGUUUUGCAAAUUAAAGAGAGUUUCGAUACCGCAUUAGUAUUAAUCCCUCCUUUUGCAUACAGUAAGGAGUAAGAUAACGAAGAAAAUAUUUACCGAUAUAUUAACAUCACAACCAUACUUACUAUAACUACCGAUAGAUUAGACUAAGAUGGAGAUAGAGUUGUUGAAGAUCAGCAUCUAGAAUUGUUCAAAUGCUCAAAAGAUAGAAUAACGGAUAACAAUAGAAUCUCCUAUUAGAUUGGGGCUUGUGAUUAAGAUUAUCUCUCCAAAAAGUACUCUAAUUCAACCUGUGAAAAAGACAAAUUAAAGGUUCAGGAAAUUCUCAAGGAUACAUACCUAUUAGUUUUUUCAUCCUCCUAUUAUUUCGAUCCAGAAGAAUUUAAUUAGAGUCCAAUAAAGGUAAAUACAGUAUAGAAUGCUUUCAGGUUCUCAUCCUAAUUUGAGAAGAUAGUUAAUUUUGAGAUUGGCUUAAACAAGGCAAUGGUUUCUGAUUCAAAGCUUCAUGAGAAUAUUGGAUCAUACAACAGAGAGUUCAUCUCUACUAAAUUUGUAAGUCAAGGAAAUAAUGAUAAGUCAGAAGUUGAUCCAAUACACUUUACUAUUCAACAGGCUAAUAAUCUUGUGAUGGCUCUCUCAAACACAGGUGGUCUAGCUGGUUUAUUAUUUGCAGUUGUUCGAAUUAUAAUAGGCCCAAUUUAGGAGUUUCUUUACUACUAGAGCUUAAUUUAAAAGUCUUUUAUGGUUGAACAAAACCGAGCAAAAGACUUCAACACUUAUCUAGAAUUAAUUAAAAGACUCAAAAAUAGAGUCCCAUUCAGAUAUAGAAUGAGGUAAAAUAUUGCUUAUUAUGCAAAGAAAUUAUUGCUCUGCAAAAAACAACACUUCAGGAUCUAGAGAGAACUAUUUGAGUUUGGGAAAAUGAAAAUUGAAAAAUAAUUUGAUAUUGCUGUGAUUCUAAGAGAUUUGAGAACAUUUAAAAUGACUAACAGUUUACUACUAUCCAAGUACCAAAGAAAAUUGAUUCCAUUUUUCAAAAAAUACCAGCUAAACUAAAUGUAUGAAAGAGAUCUUUAAAAAAAAGAAAAGGCAACUAAAUAAGGAGAGCGUAAGCAAUUCGUUAAUGAAGUAACUUAGUUGAUGAUAGAACUGUUUUCUGAUAGUUAGAAUCCUUCAAGCACUUAUAACCAAGUAUUUCUUCACAGUCUAUUCUUGUAAAAUAGAGAAAAUGCUUAAAAAGAUUUGAAAUCAUUAAUGUACAAGGGUGUACUUCGGUACUUCAUCCAAAAGAACUUAGAUACUCGAAGACUUCUCUAGUUGUCUUCAUCUUCUCAAAUAAAAUCUAAUAAUAUAAAGAGUACUUCUCUAAAGAAAACUGUUACAUUAGGAGCAUCUGCUGCUAAUUUAGAAGAUAUAAAAUUGCAAAUCUAACUUAAUAGAGCCUCUGCUUAGUAAUCCACUGAAGAAAAAUAAGAUGACAGUCCAAAACCUAUUCCUAUAUAUAGUAUUAGCGAUGAAGAGAAUUAGAUUGCUAGCUAGCAACUUAAAGCUCGACGUAAAUUCAUAAAUUUAUGA